UUUAGGCACCGCAUGUUGUUGAGCCGCCCGUGGAACCCAAUGACCCCUCAAGGUUACAGAGAGGUACAUAAUGUGCCCCGUCGCGUUAAAAUCCUGAGUCCGCCUCUAUGGCCGUAUGGAGUAAAAAUUUUGCUACUUCCUUUAUUUUUAUUUUUAUUUUACACAAGAAAAUGAAAUUGGCAGCGGUUCUUGCCAUCGGAAUUUGGAAUGGAUCCAGCAAUAAUGGGACAUGCAAUAGAACCAGGAAGAGUGACAUUUGAUGAGAAGAUGGAAGUGAGAAAAGCGAUAGAAGAAGCUCAUAUUCCUUACACGUACAUUUCUGCUAACUGCUUUGCUGGUUACUUUGCUGGCAACCUCUCGCAACUUGGAACUCUUGUUCCUCCUAAAGACAAAGUUUGUGUCUAUGGACAUGGCAAUGUUAAAGUGGUGUAUAUGGAUGAAGAUGAUGUAGCAACAUACACAAUUAAAAGCAUAGAUGAUCCAAGGACACUGAACAAGACGGUUUACCUUAGACCACAGGAAAACAUUCUGACUCAAAGGGAGUUGAUAGCCAAGUGGGAAAAGCUUAAAGGAACAGACCUUGAGAAAAUUAGCAUCUCUGAACAAGACUUCUUAUCUUCCAUGAAAGGAAUGGACUAUGCUGGGCAGGUAGGAGUUGGACAUUUCUACCACAUAUUUUACGAAGGUUGUUUAACAAACUUUGAAAUUGGAGAAAAUGCAGAAGAAGCUUCUAAACUUUACCCUGAAGUUCGUUACACUCGUAUGGAUGAAUAUUUAAAACGAUAUCUUAAUUAGCUUUCUCUUUCACACACUGUUUGAUUUGGAGUUCAAAGAAAAUUACCGCAAAUAAUGUACUACAAUAAUCUUGUGUACUGAAGAGACUAAUCAAUGAUAAUCUUGUAUUAUUUCUGCAA